AUAAGUACAAUUACAAACAUUUAUUCCUCCUCUCUCCUUCUCUCUCUCUCUCUCUCUCUCUCUCUCUCUCUCUCUCUGGAAGACGCUACUACUGGGAUCUCGGGUGGGUUUGGUCUCCAAGGGUAACAAUGGCAGAUUCAAGACCCUUGAUGCCACAUUCAUCUAGGAACUUACCUGAUUUCAAGAAAUCUGUUAAAUUGAAGUAUGUUAAACUUGGUUAUCAUUAUCUAAUCACUCAUGGAAUGUACCUUUUUCUUUCCCCUCUUGUGAUGUUGAUUGCUGCGGAGUUAUCUACUUUUUCAAUCCAAGAUCUUUAUGAUAUUUGGGAGCAUCUACAAUACAAUUUGAUAUCUGUCAUAUUUUGCUCAACUUUACUUGUUUUUCUAUCCACACUCUACUUUUUGACUCGUCCGAAACCGGUGUACCUUGUCGAUUUCUCGUGUUAUAAGCCGGAGGGACUGCGGAAGUGCACAAAAAGGAAGUUUAUGGAUCAGUCUCGGUUGAUUAGUACUUUUACGGAGGAGAAUCUUGAGUUUCAGAGAAAGAUUCUUGAGAGGUCGGGGCUCGGGGAAUCCACUUACCUUCCUGAGGCUGUGCUCAACUUUCCUCCUAACCCUACGAUGAAGGAAGCUAGGAAAGAAGCUGAGACUGUGAUGUUUGGUGCCAUUGAUGAGCUAUUCGGUAAGACCUCGGUGAAGCCUAAAGAUAUAGGAAUUGUGAUUGUGAAUUGUAGCUUGUUUAACCCAACUCCGUCGCUAUCUGCAAUGAUUGUCAAUCAUUACAAGCUUCGAGGGAAUGUGAAGAGCUAUAACCUAGGUGGGAUGGGAUGCAGUGCGGGGCUGAUCUCGAUUGAUCUUGCUAAUGAUCUUUUACAGGUCAAUCCUAACUCGUAUGCGUUGGUUAUUAGCAUGGAGAAUAUCACGUUGAAUUGGUAUUUUGGAAACGAUCGGUCGAAGCUUGUUUCUAAUUGUUUGUUUCGUAUGGGAGGAGCUGCGGUUCUGCUUUCCAACAAAAGCUCGGACAAAAGAAGAUCGAAAUACCGAUUGGUUACUACUGUCCGCACUAACAAGGCUUCGGAUGACAAGUGCUUUAGCUGUGUAACUCAAGAAGAAGAUACCAAUGGAAAGAUCGGUGUUAAUUUGUCUAAAGAUCUUAUGGCGGUUGCAGGUGAUGCUUUGAAAACCAAUAUCACUACACUAGGGCCUCUUGUACUUCCAACAUCUGAGCAGCUUCUAUUCUUCGCCACGUUGGUUGCAAAGAAGCUUUUCAAGAUGAAGAUUAAGCCUUAUAUUCCAGAUUUCAAGCUAGCUUUUGAACAUUUUUGCAUCCAUGCCGGAGGCAGAGCUGUUUUGGAUGAAGUGGAGAAAAACUUGCAGCUACCUCCUUGGCAUAUGGAGCCAUCGAGGAUGACACUUUAUCGUUUCGGAAACACAUCUAGCAGUUCACUUUGGUAUGAACUUGCUUACUCAGAAGCCAAAGGGAGGAUCAAGAAGGGAGAUAGAACAUGGCAAAUAGCAUUUGGUUCUGGGUUCAAGUGUAACAGUGCAGUGUGGAAGGCUCUCAGGACAAUCAACCCUGCUAAGGAGAAAAGCCCUUGGAUAGAUGAAAUUGACCAGUUUCCUGUCGAUGUACCUAAGGUAUCUACCAUCUAAACGACGGGGAUUGUAAGUAGCUAUUGGAUUGAUGAAAUUCUCUUACCGAGCUUUUGUGAUUUGUUACUGUUUUCAGAGUUCAGAUUUUAGGAAACUUAUUCUGCUUUCGGGUGUACAAGUGGUAGGUCUAGUUUAGGGGCAGUUUUAGUUGGGUCCAACUUUAUAACAUGGAUUGGUGCUUGAACUAGUUAUUGUUUUGCUGUGAAGUGUAUGUUCUUGGGAAUGUAUUUAUUUGACUGGUUUGUGGAUUGUGUUGAUGAAAUGCAUAAAAUCUGAAAUGCAAUUCCAGAUCCUAA